GAGAAGGAGAAAAAGCCAAGCCAUCUUAGUUUAAUCAUCUUGGAUUAACAAGGAUGGCUUUACGAAUGGGGUUGUUUGUUCUAAUGCUUGCUCUAGUUGUCGCGGUGGCGCAUUCGAGCACGUACGAUUUGGGAGAUGCGGAGCCCGAUGGCCACGGGCUGGUCGAGGACGCCAUCGAGAUUGACGAGGAGAUGAUGAUGGAAUCAGAGAGCGCGCGGAGACAGCUUGGCCCUGCAGGCUACGUCAGCUACGGGGCCCUCUCCCGGAACAAAACACCGUGCAACAAGAGGGGCCGAUCCUAUUACAAUUGUCGCGGCCACGAGCAAGCCAACCCUUACAACCGCGGUUGCACCCGGGCUUCUCGUUGCGCUAGAAGUACCGUUUAAGGAUCGGUUUUCGACAUGUAUUACGUACAAAGCAACACCCGUUGUUUCCUUUUUCCAUUUCUCAUUCGUAUUUAAUCUAUAUGAUGGCUUUUAAUUCAUACGGCAAUGCAUAACUUGUUGUCUAUAUUGUAAUCUACUAUCUUUCUCAAUACAUGGAUGCAAGUCGUCAACUUAAAA